AUUUUCUUGAAACAAAACAAAUUGGAGCAAGGAAACAUUAGAAAUUCGAAGAAGCCGCACAAUUUGGACAAUGGAGGAAAUGUGCAGAGUUUGCAUGGGAAACUCCGGAGCACUCGCAAACAUUUUUGAUGAGACACACACAUGGGACACUUGCAUUGCUGACAUGAUAGCACAGUGUACUGGGUACGAGGUAAGGCGAGGCGAUUUACUAUCAGAGAACAUAUGUCCGCCUUGCCUUGAGGAUGCUGUAAAUGCAUUCAAUCUUAUAAAAACCUAUGAGCAGAGCCAUCAACUAUAUUUCCCAGUGAUGGAGGACGAUAUAGAAGAAGAUUUAUGCUAUAAUCUGGAAGACGAGAAAUGGCAAAUGUCAGCUAGUGGAAGUGAGCGGUCAAACCAUUUUAAAGCCGAUGCCAUGAUGUUCAAAUGUCCUCAUUGUCCGAUGAGUUUCAAACAAAAAUUCCAUCUGCAGAGACACGUACAAAUGCAUACAAAUGAACGACCCUACCAAUGUUCACACUGCUCAAAGUCUUUCAUCCAAAAAUCCAAUCUUGAAUCACAUACCCGAAAUCACACAGGUGAUCGACCAUAUCAAUGCUCUCACUGUACAAAGUCAUUUCAACAAAAGUCCCAUCUCCAAGUACACAACCGCACCCACACGGGGGAGCGACCCUACAAGUGCACUUACUGCUCCAAGUCCUUUACUCGAUCUGACAUUCUUCAGAGUCAUAUUCGAACGCACACUGGUUAUCGACCCUACAAAUGUUCGCUCUGCUCGAAGUCCUUUAUACAAAAUUCCGACCUCCAGGUACACAUCCGAACACACACCGGGGAGCGACCAUAUAAGUGCACUCUCUGUCCUAAGUCAUUUAAUCAAAACUACUAUCUUCAAAUGCACACCCGUACUCACACAGGUGAACUCUCGCCACACCAGUGUUCGUAUUGCUCGAAAUCUUUUAGCAAGAGAGGAAAUCUCUUGACUCACAUCAGGACGCACUCAGAUGAACGGCCCUACAAAUGUUCCUACUGCCCCGAAUCUUUUAAACUCAAAGGUAUUCUUAAAAGACAUACCCUUAUUCACACAAAGAACGUGUCAUCCUUCCCUCUUUCCGAAACCCUCGACAACAUAUCCGCAAGCACGCUGAGUGUCGACACUACAAUUUCUCCUGCUGCAACCCUAUAUAAUGAACCUGUGUAAAGAUUUUUUAAUUACCUCAUAAUUAAAACAU